CAAUGCGUGGGUGUAGAUAGUGCUGAUAAGACACGUUUUACACCCCCCCUCAACCCAAAACACCUCCUGAAGAAUGUGGGGUCCCUGCUUCACCCCACGGAUGCUGACAUUUGGGAGGGGGGGGUUAUUUUACCACCCCCACAGCCCCCCCCCUCAAAGAACCUACUCCUCCAAACUGUCCCCCCACUCACAUGGCACUGAACGAGGGACCGCAAAGCCCCGCCCACUCUGCCUCUAACCCCGCCCACUCUGCCUUUAACCACGCCCCCUUCCGGCAUGACCACGCCCCCUUCUCCACGUAACCCCACCUCCCUAGCAAGCGACGAGCCAAUCAGGCCACGCCCUCUCGCCUAUCAGCACUCCCCUAUCUGGCUAAACCCCGCCCUUUCAUUCUAACCACGCCCCCUCCAUCUGCGCAGCCAAUAGGGCCACGCCCCUUCCAUUUAGCCCCGCCUCCGGCCCCGCCCCCGGCCGCCAUGGCGCGGCCACCCGCCUCCGCCCCUUGGCCGGACUCCCGGCAUGCCCCGCGCCGGGGGGGCCCUUCUCAACCCACCCCCCCGCUCCCCCCACCCUUAGACCCCCCCCUCGACCCUCCCAACCCCCCCCCGGGGGCCUGGCUCCUUCCUGAGUCCCCCCCCGAGGUCUGGCUCCCCGGGGGGACCCCCUGGCUCCCGGGGGGUGGUGUUUGGGUUGAAGGGGGGGGGCCAGACCCCACCGUGCCCCCCCCCGGGGGGGGGUCUCGCCGGGUGCUGUUCGCCGACGCUUUGGGGCUGCCCCUCGCCAGCCUCCGGCAAUACCCACCUGGGCCCCCCCGGGGGUUUGGGGGGACCCCCCCGGGGUUGGGACCCAG